AUGGCCGAGCAGCUUGCAAGAGGAAAUCAAUAUCAAUACACUGCAAACUCCAAUCUCGUCCUUCAGGCUAACCGAUCAGAAUUACCUCGAAGAGAUCAUGAGCCUUCUGGUGAGCCAGAAUCAUUAUGGGGUAAAAUUAAUCCAAAAGAUUUUGGUUCCCGAGCUCAAAGGGAUACUGUAAAAGAUAUACAGGCAAAAAGGAAAAAAUCCCAACAAGCUGCUGAGGCUGAAGAAAAGAAGAGGCGUCGAAAAGAAGAAAGUUCUUUGAAGAAAGCAUAUGGUUACUCUAAUGUAUUAGCAGCAACAGAGUAUUUCGAUGGACAAUCUUAUAGGCCAAGAACAAAGGAAACCCGUGAAACGUAUGAAUUGAUGUUAGCAUUUGUUCACCAACACCUUGGUGAUCAAGCUCAAGAUGUUGUCCGUAGUGCUGCAGAUGAUAUUUUAAAAAUAUUGAAAGAUGAAAAUCUCAAAGAUUUUGAUAGAAAAAGAGAGAUUGAGUCUUUUAUUGGUACAAUUGAACCAGAACGUUUUGCUCAGUUGGUUAAUUUGGGAAAGAAAAUUACCGAUUAUAAUACAGGAGAAGUAAUGGAUCUGGAUAAAGAAGGAGAUCCAGGAGAAAUUGAUGAUGAAUUAGGGGUUGCUGUAGUUUUUGAUGAAGAGGAAGAAGUGGAAGAUGAGUAUGGAACCUAUGAAGUGGAAUCUGAAGAGGAGGAGGAUGAUGAAGGCGGAGUAGAGGCAGAGACAACCGGAAUAUUAGGUGUGGGACAAAUCGAAGACGACGAAGAUAAGGAAAUUGCUACAGAUGAGGAAAAUGAGGGUUUUAAAACUGUUAUAGGGCCAGAAAUAUCAAAAUCGAAGAAAAUGUCUGUCGCACAGACAAAUCAAAAAAUAUCACCACACGAUAUUGAUGCCUUUUGGCUUCAACGUUUGGUCGCUAAUUAUUAUUCGGAUCCACAUACAGCACAAGAAAAAACUUCAAGUACAAUGCAAAUUCUCGCUUCAGAUAUAAAUACACGCGAUUGUGAAAAUGAGUUAAUGGCUUUAUUUGAAUAUGACAAAUUCGAUCUUGUAAAAAUAUUGACUCGCAAUCGUGAUUUAAUUGUUUGGUGUACUAAGCUUGCUAGAACUGGUACUGACGGAGGGGAACGUCAAAAUAUUGAAGAUGAAAUGCGUGAACAUGGAUUAGAAUGGAUUUUGAGAGAUCUCGGUGGGGAAAGGAUUCGUCGUGGUGAAGGUGCUGCACGUAAAGGUGUUGUUGAGGAUGCAAUGGAAAUUGAUGACAGAACUGCUUUUGCACUUGGUCCAGUACCGGCUGCUGUCAAAGCUACAUUACCUCCCGGUACAACAGCAACCCCAAAAGCAAUAGUAGAUUUAGAAUCUUUAACGUUUACUCAAGGUGGUCAUUUAAUGUCGAAUAAAAAAUGCAAACUACCUGAGGGCUCAUUUAAACGCUCUAAAAAGGGCUAUGAAGAAAUUCAUGUCCCUGCACCAAAACCAAAACCAUUUUCAGAUGAUGAAAAACUCAUUCCAAUUAAGGAACUUCCUGUGUGGAUACAAGAUGCUUUUAAGGGUGCAAGAACUCUUAAUCGUAUACAAAGUCAAAUUUAUCCCGUUGCAUUUGGGCAAGAUGAAAAUUUAUUAGUCUGUGCACCAACUGGUUCAGGAAAAACGAAUGUUGCCAUGUUGUGUAUUUUAAAUGAAAUUGAAAAAAAUCGUGAAGUAGAAACAGGCAUUAUUGACACAGACUCUUUUAAGAUUGUAUAUAUUGCCCCAAUGAAAGCUCUUGUACAGGAAAUGGUUGGCAACUUUUCUACUCGAUUACAACCAUAUGGUAUCAAAGUUGCUGAAUUGACCGGUGAUCGUCAACUUACCAAACAACAAAUUUCAGAAACGCAAAUAAUAGUUACUACACCCGAAAAAUGGGAUGUUAUAACAAGAAAAGCUACUGAUAGAAGUUAUACAAAUCUUGUUAAACUUAUCAUUAUUGAUGAGGUGCAUUUGCUUCAUGACGAUCGAGGUCCUGUACUAGAAAGUAUCGUUUCUCGUACUAUUCGUCACAUGGAGCAAACUCAAGAAAUGAUUCGAUUAGUAGGUCUAUCCGCUACUCUUCCUAAUUAUGCUGACGUAGCCACAUUUUUGCGUGUAGACCCCAAAAAGGGCUUAUUUCAUUUCGAUAGCACAUUUCGUCCGUGCCCAUUAAAACAAGAAUUUAUCGGAGUUACAGAAAAAAAGGCAAUCAAGCGAUUCCAGGUUAUGAACGAAGUUACUUAUCAAAAAGUUAUAGAUCAAGCUGGAAAAAAUCAAGUGUUAAUAUUUGUUCAUUCAAGAAAAGAAACUGCAAAGACUGCAAAAACAAUUAAAGAUAUGGCAUUAGAUAAGGAUACUCUUGGAUUAUUCCUUAACCCAGGUUCAGUUAGUAAGGAAGUUUUACAGGAUGAACUUCAAAGUAUAAAAGAUCCAAACCUUCAGGAGUUGUUACCUUUUGGAUUCGCUAUACAUCAUGCAGGGAUGUCACGUACUGAUCGUACUACUGUUGAGGAUUUGUUUGCUGAUGGUCAUAUUCAAGUUCUCGUGUCCACGGCAACCUUAGCUUGGGGUGUUAACUUACCUGCGCAUACUGUCAUUAUUAAAGGAACGCAAAUUUAUUCGCCUGAAAAAGGUCGUUGGGUAGAAUUAAGUCCUCAGGACGUACUUCAAAUGUUGGGACGUGCAGGACGUCCACAAUAUGACACUUUUGGUGAAGGUAUUAUUAUAACGUCCCAUACUGAACUUCAAUAUUAUUUAUCUCUUUUAAACCAACAAUUACCAAUUGAAAGUCAGUUUAUAAGUAAAAUGGCUGAUAAUUUAAACGCAGAGAUUGUCUUGGGUACAGUAAGAAACCGAGAUGAAGCAGUUCAGUGGUUAGGAUAUACGUAUUUAUAUGUUCGUAUGUUACGUAAUCCCAACCUUUAUGGUAUUUCAAUGGACUAUUUAGAAGAUGAUCCAUACCUUGAACAAAAACGAGUUGAUUUAAUCCAUUCAGCUGCCAUACUGUUAGACAAAUCUAAUUUGAUAAAAUAUGAUAAGAAAACUGGUAGAUUUCAGGUUACUGAAUUGGGUCGUAUUGCUUCACAUUUUUACAUUACCCACACUUCAAUGUCUACUUAUAACCAGCACUUAAAACCUAUGAUGGGUCAUAUUGAAUUGUUUCGUGUAUUCGCACUUUCCGAUGAAUUCAAAUAUAUUCCUGUUCGUGAAGAGGAAAAGCUUGAAUUAUCCAAAUUACUUGAACGUGUACCUAUACCUGUAAAGGAAAGCAUUGAAGAACCAACUUCUAAAAUUAACGUUCUUUUACAAGCUUACAUUUCACAACUAAAACUUGAAGGUUUUGCACUGGUUUCUGAUAUGGUUUAUGUUACACAAUCAGCAAGUAGAAUUCUCAGAGCAAUGUUCGAAAUAUGUCUUAAGCGAGGUUGGUCUCAAUUAUCUAGAAGGGCUUUAGACCUCUGUAAAAUGGUAGAAAAACGUAUGUGGCUUUCAAUGUCACCGUUACGUCAAUUUAAACAAAUGCCCAUGGAGGUAGUUAAAAAAGUAGAGAAGAAAGAUUUCCCUUGGGAGAGGUAUUUUGAUCUGAAUCCACAAGAAAUCGGGGAACUUGUUGGAAUACCCAAAGUUGGAAAAUUGAUUCACAAGUUUAUUCAUCAAUUUCCGAAAUUAGAUCUUGUUACUUAUGUUCAACCAAUUACUAGAUCAUUAUUAAGGGUCGAACUCAAAAUCACACCCGAUUUUAUGUGGGAUGAGAAAGUUCAUGGUACAGCUGAAGCUUUUUGGGUUAUAGUUGAAGACGUUGAUGGAGAGGUUAUAUUGUACCAUGAUUCAUUCAUUCUCAAACAAAAAUACGCAGAAGAGGAUCAUGUUAUAACGUUCACUGUUCCACUUUUUGAACCAUUACCACCAAAUUAUUUUAUUUCCAUUAUAGCGGAUCGUUGGUUGCAUUGUGAGACCAAAUUACCAAUAUCAUUUAGACAUUUAAUACUUCCAAAGAAGUAUCCUCCACAUACAGAGUUACUUGAUUUGCAACCUUUACCUGUAUCAGCUUUACGCAAUCCCGAAUAUGAAGCUGUAUAUAAUGAAUGGGUUGAUAAAUUUAAUCCUAUUCAAACUCAAGUAUUCAAUGCUUUAUAUAACAUGGAUGAUAAUGUUUUCGUUGGAGCUCCUACAGGGAGUGGAAAAACAGUUUGUGCUGAAUUUGCUCUUCUACGGUUAUGGACUAAACAAAAUCUUGGACGUUGCGUGUAUAUCGCGCCGUUCCAGGAAGUUGUUGAUCUUCAAGUUGCACAGUGGAGACAAAAAUUUGGCAAAGUACAAGGUGGAAAGAAUAUAGUGGCACUUACCGGUGAGACAAGUGCGGACCUUCGCUUACUUGAAAAUGGGGAUGUAAUAUUCGCCACACCAAUGCAAUGGGAUGUAAUGUCCCGUCGAUGGAAACAACGAAAAAAUGUUCAAACUGUAUCAUUAUUUAUAGCGGAUGAAUUACAUUUGAUUGGCAGUGACGUUGGACCUACAUACGAAAUCAUUGUCUCGCGAAUGCGUUACAUCGCUCAUCAAACAAAGAAUCCGAUUCGCAUUGUAUGUUUAAGCACCUCGUUGGCCAAUGCUCAAGAUCUCGGAGAAUGGAUUGGUGCAACUCCUCAUACCAUUUUUAAUUUUCAUCCUAGCGUUCGUCCUGUACCGUUAGAAAUUCAUAUUCAGAGUUACAGCAUUCCUCAUUUUGCUUCACUCAUGAUGGCCAUGGCUAAACCAACUUAUGUUGCUAUCACAAAUUAUUCUUCCGAUAGACCAGCUAUUAUAUUUGUACCAUCUCCUGAAACCCUACGACAUGGCGUUGGUUUUUAUCACGAAGCUUUGAGCAAACAAGAUAAACGAAUCGUAGAAGAAUUAUUUGAAAGCGGUGCAAUUCAAGUCGUUGUGGCGUCACGUGAUACAUGCUGGGGCAUAAAUUUGAGUUGUCAUAUGGUUAUUAUUAUGGGAACUCAAUUCUUUGAGGGUAAGGAGCAUCGAUAUGCCGAUUACCCAAUAACGGAUGUUCUUCAAAUGAUGGGUAGAGCUUGUCGACCACGACAAGACGAAACUGGUCGUUGUGUAUUGAUGUGUCAAGCAAUCAAGAAAGACUUUUAUAAAAAAUUCUUGUAUGAAGCAUUACCUGUGGAGUCGCAUUUGGAUCAUUUUUUACAUGACCAUUUCAAUGCUGAGAUAGUCACGAAAACUGUUGAGAAUAAACAAGAUGCUGUCGAUUAUCUUACUUGGACAUUUUUAUAUCGCCGUAUGGUAGAAAAUCCAAAUUAUUAUGGUAUGCAAGGUUCCGAUCAUAGGCAUUUAUCAGACCACUUAUCCGAAUUAGUUGAGACAACUGUCAACGAUUUGGCCGCUUCAAAAUGUAUUACUCUAGAAGAUGAAUUAGACGUUUCACCACUUAAUUUAGGUAUGAUCGCUGCCUAUUAUAAUGUUAGUUAUGUAACAGUAGAAAUGUUCAGUAUGAGUUUGAAUGAAAAAACCAAGCUUAAAGGACUUUUGGAGAUUUUGUCAUCGGCGGCUGAAUUUGAGUCUAUUCCUAUCCGUCAUCAUGAAGAUAGCGUCCUUAAGAAGAUUUAUGAUCGACUUCCGGUCCAACUUGGAAAUCCGAAAUUCAAUUCUCCACAUAUCAAAACCAAUAUUUUGUUACAAGCUCAUUUCUCAAGGACACAAUUACCACCAGAUUUACAAUCUGAUCAAGCAACUGUUUUGGGCAAAGUUAUUCCUUUGAUCCAAGCAGUUGUUGAUGUUAUAAGUUCCAACGGAUGGUUGAAACCUGCAUUAGCUGCCAUGGAGUUAGCACAAAUGUGUGUGCAGGCUCUAUGGGAUCGUGAUUCACCAUUGAAACAAAUACCUUAUUUCACAUCAGAUAUCAUUAAACGUUGUGAAGAAAGAGAUAUUGAUACAGUUUUCGAGAUUAUCGAACUCGAAGACGAAGAUCGAAAUGAGAUACUCCGAAUGGAUGGGAGACAAUUACGGGAAGUUGCUCGUUAUGUUAAUCGAUACCCCAGUAUUGAUGUCAAGUUUAAUGUAAGGGACGAAGAUGAGCUUAUUGCAGGUUCUCAAGGUGUCAUUGAAGUAAAACUGAACCGUGAAGUUGAUGACGAUGAUGAAAUAGUAGGACCGGUUAUUUCACCAUUUUUCCCACAUAAGAAAGAUGAAGGGUGGUGGAUCGUUUUAGGUGACAUGGAAAAGAAUUCAUUACUUGGUAUUAAACGUAUUACCUUAAAUAAAACUCUUGGUGUAAAAUUAGACUUUACAUGUCCACCAGAAGCUGGUGAACAUUUAUUAAAAUUAAUCUAUAUGUCAGACUCGUAUAUGGGAUGCGAUCAAGAAUUUGAGAUACCGAUUGUAGUACAGGAAGGAGCGGAAGAUAGUGAAGAAGAGGAGGGAGCAGCAAUGGAGACAUAG